CUUCAGUAAAAAUGCAAUGCGCAAGCUCUCACAAAAGGUUAUUCGUCCUGCUGUCGUUGUAAACAAAGAAAAGAACAUGUACACACUGAAACCUGACUGGAAAUGAAAAUCAGUCCUAGCGGUCAGAAACACGUUCAACAUCGUUCAUGUCAAGGAAGUUGUUUGUUGCAUUAACGUUAAAUGCUUUCCAAUGGAAGUGAACGGUUAUCACGACGAGGAUGAAACAGUCACUGAGACGGAAGGGGAAGAAACGAGGGCGCUGAAGCAAUCGCGGACUACGAGGAAGGAAACAGCAGCCAGUUUCAGAUCAGGGGCGGUCAUGGAGAAUGUGGCAGCCGGAACAAGUGCAGAGAGCGAGCGCCGAGCAUCCAACACUAUUGCCAGGCAAAGGAUUGACUCGCUGAAAAAGAACAGGCCGCCCUUCCCCUGGUUUGGGAUGGACAUCGGCGGGACCCUGGUGAAGCUGGUAUACUUUGAGCCCAAGGACAUCACGGCGGAGGAGGAGCAGGAGGAGGUGGAGAACCUGAAGAGCAUCCGUAGGUACCUGACCUCCAACGUGGCUUACGGCUCCACGGGCAUCCGGGACGUGCACCUGGAGCUGAAGGACCUGACGCUGUGCGGACGCACCGGCAACCUGCACUUCAUCCGCUUCCCCACGCACGACCUGCCCGCCUUUCUGCAGAUGGGUCGCAACAAGCACUUCUCCAGCCUGCACACCACUCUCUGCGCCACUGGCGGAGGAGCCUACAAGUUCGAGCCCGACUUCCGUAUGAUGGCUGACCUUCAGCUGCUGAAGCUGGACGAGCUGGACUGUCUGAUCCGGGGGGUCCUCUACAUCGAUUCGGUCGUUUCCAGCGGACCCUCCGAGUGCUACUACUUUGAGAACCCGGCAGACCCCGAACGCUGUGUCCAGAGGCCUUACACGCUGGAGAACCCCUACCCUCUCCUGCUGGUCAACAUCGGCUCCGGCGUUAGCAUCCUGGCUGUUUACUCCAAAGACAACUACAAGCGUGUUACUGGGACCAGCCUUGGAGGCGGGACUUUCCUGGGCCUGUGCUGCCUGCUUACCGGCUGCUCCACUUUUGAGGAGGCGUUGGAGAUGGCGUCCAAGGGCGAGAGCACCCGAGUGGACAAGCUGGUGCGGGACAUCUAUGGUGGCGACUAUGAAAGGUUCGGCCUUCCAGGCUGGGCUGUAGCCUCAAGUUUUGGGAACAUGAUGUGCAAGGAGAAACGGGAGUCCAUUUCUAAAGAGGACCUGGCCAGGGCGACGCUGGUCACCAUCACCAAUAACAUUGGCUCAAUCACCAGGAUGUGUGCACUGAACGAGAAUAUAGACCGGGUGGUGUUCGUGGGUAACUUCUUAAGGGUCAAUACCCUUUCAAUGAAACUUCUGGCCUACGCUAUGGACUACUGGUCAAAAGGUCAACUGAAGGCACUUUUCCUGCAGCAUGAGGGCUAUUUUGGAGCCGUGGGGGCGUUGCUGGAGUUGUUGCACCCGUCCUAAUCAUUGGCCAACAGACAUGCCAGUCGUGGCCUCUGGAGGUGAUGUCACGUCUGUACACUGGUGAAUGUGAUGCGGCACUAAGAAUUCUCAGCCUCUCUUCUCCUGCCUAUUCGCUUUGUUAAACUUGCUUUACCUUGCGCUGUGGCAUCCUACGCACUGUAAAUGUGGCAAAUUCCCAGGCAGUCUUUUCCAGCGAUGCAUACCAGCAUACUGCUAUGUGAAAUAUUCUAGGGAAUGGCACAGGAAUUGUAACUUUUGUGAUUUUGUUUUCUAUAAUAGGAGCUGUGUGACUGACUCCUGACUAUGUCUCCUCAGCCCUACUACCUGCAGAGACAGCCAGUGGAAAGCAUAACAGUCUGUAGCUUAGCACUCCAUUUCUAGAGCAGUUGUCACCGUACUGUAGGUAUCCCCGUCUGUUGCCUUCUAGCGUUACAUUAGCUUCUGCCCCGUGAACCUGCCUCUGUUGCCACGAUCUGUCUAUUUGACCGCAUGAUGCAGAAUGUAUAACGUGCACUGCGUAAUCCUGCCCUGCAAUGUAUUGCGCCAUUUUACAUUUAGUACAAUGUCAGACAUACUACAUUUAGUAUAUAAUAGGUUUAUCCGUUCUGCAAACAACUAUCACUUAUCUAAGUGGCUACCCUUGGUACCAGUUAGAAAUUAGAAUAUAGGUCACGUGACUUCCGUGCCAGUACAACAGCUGAUGAGCCCCAGCAUUCACAUGAGUUCUGUGUCAGGGCAGUCCUGUCUUUACCAUUGGCUAGGCAGUAGCUGCAAAAUGCAAGAACAGUGCUAAUAUACACUGGACUAGUAUAAUGUGAGACUUGGCCUCUGAACUCAGUAGACACCUGGCUGACUAAGUUCUGUUAGCUGCCUGCUUUGUUUGAGAGGAUGCAAGGCACGUGGAUGGAUGUUCUUGUAAUGAAUGUGGGGUUUGGAGCCCGAGGUUGUUCUUUUAUUUAUUAUCUGACCAUUGACUUUGAUAUUGGGUAAUGUUUUGCUCAUGUUACAAUUUAACUUACUGUAACACUACACAGCUUUUAUUUUAUUUGUAAACAUUUUUACCGCAAGCACCCGACCCGCCAUAUUGCCACAUUCAUCGCGCUAUUUUUAAGUACAUCAGCAUCUUUCCUUAUUUUCUGUUCGUAUGUCAGUUUUACCAGCCAUGGAGUUAAUCUGGAAAUGGUUAAUAAUUUGGAGGGCAAUUGUUGGUUAUUAUCAUUUGCGAUUUAUUUUGUAUUAAUUUCUUCAUUUAUUUUCAUUUGGCUGAAAUCAGAGUAAAAUAGUCAUUUUGAGAUUGAUGUUGAUUCCAUUCUUGUUUGCUUGCACCUGUUUGCUUGUUUGAAACCGAAAGAAUCAGGAUUCGUUUUCUCUUUCCACUGAAGUAGCUGCAUUAAAGGGACCAUAAAGAAAUGCUCACAUUACAAAUGGUGUGUCCAUGUGUGGCCUUUAUGGGAAAGCAGUAUAAUUGAAUUUUCUGUUUUAAACAUUGUGUCACGAUGGUAGUUUUCAUGUUUUAAAUUACAAGUAAAAGCACAUUUUAAUUUCUUUAUCUAAAAUGAUUAGGCACGAUGUGAGACUGGUAAAUGUGUCUAUACACAAUCUACCCCUGUUAAGUUUUUAAUUACAUGUUGUAGACAUUUCAACCUUGAGUGGAAUUAUUCAAAGAGUGCCAGGGAUUUAGAUUGAGAGAGACUGGCCUUCAAUCUAGAUCAGCACUCUUCUGUUCUAAACAAACCUGGUCUGCGUUUCAGUACUGCUUGCCUCUGAAUGGGCAGUGCAUUUCAGCUGUGUUAGUAUAAUAGUGUGUUAUUGUGUCUGUGUAAUAGCCCCGAGGAUGUGCCAAAAUGCAGCUGGUGCUUCUCGGCUGUCCAUUCCGGGAUGUCGGAGAACCCGAACACAGCCCACAGUAAAAAGUCUCCAUAACAGUUCCAAAAUAUUUCUGUAUUAAUAUGUCUGUAUUUCUGAAAAAUGCAUGUCACAGUGAUCAGAUAUGAGGAUAUUUGCUGGUGAUAUAUGCAUUGUCAGAGCGCAACUAUUUUUCAUCUUUGGACAGUUGUAUGUUUUUUUUUUUUUGUUUGUUUUUUUUUUUGAACAUCCCUCCCAGAGCCCUCCCCUCCCUCCUCCCCUUUCUUCUCGAUUAACAUUUUGUUCAAUUCUACCAUUUCCUGCUUUUUGAGAUUUGAAAGAUUAUUUCAUGGAAAAAAAUCUCAGUCAAACUGUUGGAAGGUGAAAAUUGUUUGCUGUGGUUUCCCUGUAACACAAGAGCAAUGCAAGCCAAAGAAACGUUACUGAUUGAAUUUCAGUGUUUAUCAUGGAUGAUCAAAGUAAGUUUCUGUUUCUCUUGUGAAAAGCAGCAAAUUGCAAAUUUGUUGUAUUCAUUUGAUUCAAUAGUUUAUAACUGUUUCCAGGCUAAGUUUAUCUUAUAUGUAAUUUGCAGUUUAAAUGUUUGGUUGACGUUGACAGGGGAAAAAGUUUGUCCUGUAAUGUGAUUGUUAAAUGUCCCUCUGAUAGAGUACUGUAUUAUUGGAAAAAGUAAGUGCCUAAAAAGAAGACAAUCUUACAUGUAAAAUUGUGUUUUAGACCAAUCAACCCCCUUUUAGUCUUAGGCCAUCUUUCUGUGUGUAUUUAUUUCCAACUGUUACCGUCUCCUUUACUUUUUGAAAUAAAUUAUUUGAAUCCA